UGUUAUGCAAAAGAUCACUCCUUGCCUACAAGUAAGUUCUGUCCUUGAUCUAAAAAAUGUAUCUUUAUUGGAGACCCUCAUGGACACUAAUUCAAUUCUCCAUGCUGAAUCAAGAAAAUCCCUGCCUUUACAAUAUUUUGAUGAUGAUGAUCCACCAGAAGUUGAUCAACCCACCAUCAUACAGCCCAAACAGCCUUGCCCAAGGAAUGUUGAUAGUGCUAACUCAAGCGUCGAUGCUUGCAAUGUUGCACAUGGAGAGGGAGAUGCAAAUCCAACAAUUACUAGAACUUCUGAUGCAAGCCAUGGUGAUGUGGCCAAUCCCAUUAAUUCCGAUUCAAGGCCACAAUGCAAGAGAAGGAAGCCAACCUAUCUCACAGAGUACAUCUUAAAUGGAGUUCAAACAAAUACCAACACUUCUUUGACCUCUGCUAUCGCCGUUGCUUGCAAUUGGGAGUUACAUCAAUUGGAUGUUCACAAUGCCUUUCUCCAUGGAGAUCUUAAUGAAGAAGUUUAUAUGCAACUACCUCCAGGCUAUGGAAAUAAAGGAGAACAAUGUGUUUGUCGCCUAAGGAAGUCCUUAUAUGGACUCAAGAAAGCAUCAAGAAAUUGGUUUGCCAAAUUUGCUUCAGCUUUAAAACUUUUUGGUAAUAAUUCAUCUCUUUGUCAGAAAUUGAAAGAAUUUCUCCAUACAAUGUUUCACAUCAAAGAUCUUGGCAAGCUCAAAUACUUCCUAGCUGGAAUGCUUGGAACCAAGCCAUGCCCUUUUCCUAUGGAGCAAAAGAUGAAACUCACUCCUUGUAUUGGUUCCCCUCUAUCUGAUCCUAUGCAAUACAGGAGACUGGUUGGAAAGCUAAUACAUUUGACUAUAACUCGGCCUGAAAUUUCAUUCGCUGUCCAUACUCUUAGUCAAUUUAUGCAAGCUCCUCGACAACCUCAUCUAGAUGCAACAAUGCGAGUUUGGCGAUACUUGAAAUCCUCACCUGGACAAGGGAUUUUCCUCUCUUCAUCAAGUUCUUUACAACUUUCAGCCUAUUGUGAUUCUGAUUGGGCUAGUUGCCCCACAACAAGGAGAUCUACAACUGGCUACCUCACCUUGCUCGGCAACUCACCUAUAUCGUGGAAAACCAAAAAACAAUCCACAGUCUCAAGAUCAUCAGCAAAAGCUGAAUAUAGAGCUAUGGCUUCCACUGUUAGUGAACUCCUAUGGCUCAAAGGCUUGCUCCAGACAUUAGGAGUUGAUACUUCUCAACCAAUGCAAUUGCAUUGUGACAAUCAAGCAGCUAUUCACAUAGCCACAAAUCCAGUCUUUCAUGAGCGCACAAAACACAUUGAACUUGAUUGUCAUUUUAUUCGUCAUUGGAUUCAAGUUGGUCUUAUUAAGACUUCUCAUGUUCGCUCCAACCUACAAGUGGCUGAUAUAUUUACAAAGGCAUUGGGAGGUGAUCAAUUUCAAUUUCUUCUCUGCAAGUUAGGCAUUACAGAUUUACAUGCACCAACUUGAAGGGGGGGGGGUGUUAGAGAUAUUCACUAGCAUAGAAUCUCAAUCACAGCACAAAAUCAAUCACUAGCUGUUAGCUAGCCGUAAGGCACAUUUAUUUCCCAGUUUUUCCUUAUUCAAUUUUGUACCGUUAGCCUAGGAUCUUUUGCCUUAGCUUGUCUAGCAUUGUAUAUAUAUAUAUGUACUUGAAUUCUUUAUAAAAAUAUAUACAAGAACAUUACUUUUCCUCAACCUGCUAUUGUUAAACUGUUAUAUCCUUUUAGUUUGAAUUUUUUUGGACCUGGUUUGCAAAUUGCAAUGUUAUUAUGUAAUUACAAGUUUCAAUUAAAGAAAUGGAGCUGGCUGCUUGGUUUAUUUUUGUCGUUCAAGUUCAUUAUCUAUCAUGUUUCAUUUUGUCUAUGCUUGGUCUACGUGUAGAAUCAUAAUUGUUUCUGUUCGAUCUAAUUUCAUAGGGAUAUUUUUAGGUUUUUAAAAUGUUCGUUCAACUCCCAAGAACAGCAGAAAUGAACCAACUAUAUAACCAGAUUUCUACCACCAACCAGUCAACCACAAACAAUCAGAAAUGACAAACGAAAAUGCAGUGAUUUCCAUUAACAGACAUCAAUUUCUACAAAUUCAUUUCAAACAAAACAGCACCAAAAUU